GGUGGGGAGCCUUCAAAUUUCUUCAGCUAAGAAGACAGAGGUCAGCAUGCUUAGCCUUCCUCUGCUGCUGCUGCUGCUCUGGGGCACGGGGUCUCAGGGCUUCCCAGCUGCGACUUCAGAAAUACAAGAGCAGGAUAUGGAGAUGGUCAAGAAAUACCUGGAAAACUACUACAACCUGAACAGUGAUGAGAAACAAAUGAAAAAGAUGAGAAAGAGUAUUCCAGUGGUUGAAAAACUGAAGCAAAUGCAGAAAUUCUUUGGGUUGAAAGUUACUGGGAAGCCAAAUGCUGAAACGCUGAAUGUGAUGAAACAGGCCAGAUGUGGGGUGCCUGACAUAGCCAAGUUUGUCCUCACUGAGGGGAACCCUCGCUGGGAACACACAAACCUGACCUACAGGAUUGAAAAUUACACACCAGAUUUGCCGAGAGCAGUUGUGGACCAUACCAUUGAGAAAGCCUUUCAACUCUGGAGUAAUGUCUCACCCCUGACCUUCACCAAGGUUUUUAAGGGUCAAGCAGACAUAAUGAUAUCCUUUGUCUGGAGAGAUCAUGGUGACAAUUCUCCCUUUGAUGGACCUGGAGGAAACCUGGCUCAUGCUUUUCAACCAGGCCAAGGUAUUGGAGGGGAUGUUCAUUUUGAUGAAGAAGAAAGGUGGACCAACGAUUUCACAGAUUACAACUUGUAUCAUGUUGCUGCUCAUGAAUUGGGCCAUUCCUUUGGACUCUCUCAUUCUACUGAUAUUGGGGCUCUGAUGUACCCCACCUAUAUCUUCAGUGGUGAUGUUCAGCUCUCUCAGGAUGACAUCGAUGGUAUCCAGGCCAUAUACGGACCUUCCAAAAAUCCCAUCCAGCCAAUAGGCCCACAAACCCCACGAGCAUGUGACAGUCAGCUAACCUUUGAUGCUAUAACUACGCUUCGGGGAGAAGUGAUGUUCUUCAAAGACAAGUUCUACAUGCGCGUAAGUUCUUUUUACCCUGAAACUGAGGUCAAUUUCAUUGCUGUUUUCUGGCCAACUCUGGCAAACGGACUUGAAGCUGCUUAUGAGUUUGCUGAUAGAGAUGAAAUCCGGUUAUUCAAAGGUCAUAAGUACUGGGCUGUUCGGGGGUAUGAUGUGCUGCCUGGGUACCCCAGGGACAUCUACAGAUCCUUUGGCUUCCCCAGAAGUGUGAAAAGUAUCGAUGCUGCUGUUUUUGAGGAAGAUACUGGAAAAACAUACUUCUUUGUUGCUAACAAAUACUGGAGGUAUGAUGAAUACAAACGAUCCAUGGAUGCAGGUUACCCCAAACUGAUAGCAGAUGGCUUUCCUGGAAUUGGCAACAAAGUUGAUGCUGUUUUCCAAAAAGACGGAUUUUUCCAUUUCUUCCAUAAAACAAGGCAAUACAAAUUUGAUCCCAAAACGAAGAGAAUUCUGACUCUCCAGAAAGCUAAUAGCUGGUUCAACUGCAGAUGAAAUUGACUGCCGUUUCAAAGUUAAAUAGAAAAAUAUAUUUUGAGAGCCCAAGGAAGGUAUUUUCCUGAAGAGCAAAUAAAAUACAGGGCUGUUAAGUAUAAUCUCAUUUUAUACCUCAUUCUGCAUAUUUUUUUUAUGGUUUAGAAUGCAAUGUUUUUUGCACUGUUAUAAUUUAGUUCCACAAAUAAGAACUAAGGAUGGUCAAGUUCAUGGCUUACUGAUUCGUAUGAGGCAGUUUUGCAAAAAGAGAAGCUCUUGCCAAAGUAUCAGACUCUGAGAUUGAUGCUGGAGAGCAGCCCCCGUGAUGAAUGUCUCUCAGGAGAGAAAGAGACAGGAAAUAGGAUCCUUCACCAAAGGAAAAACAGUUCAAGAACCUAUGAGAGGCCACUAACUAGUAUUAUCUCAGUAUGCAAGG